UUGUUUCUUAAUCACGCACACCCCAUCAUGACAUGACAUCCCCUUAACCAAUCUCGCCACCGCCACUCGGAGCUCCAAAUGUCCUGGGAAAUUUAUCACGUUAAUGACCAAAACGUGUCGGCCAGUUAACUAAUAUAUGCUGAUAUAGCUCUAGAUCUCUUCAUUCUUUCUUCGUGGUCCUUCAGCCGCUUGAGCGGAGCGAUAUUUAUAGUGCUGGCUGAUUCGAGUUGAGCCGCAUCAUCUACGACAAGAUUAUCCACCUCCAGGAGCUCUUGAAGUGCCCGAAAUCUCGCUCUUACUCCAAACUCUAGUGCUUUUAUUUACAAAGCGCUCUUCACUUGCGCUGCCCCUUCCGCCCGCCCCCAAACUCUCCCAACCCUUACAUAUGUGAUUGAGAGAUCUCCGUACCACCACGUCCUUCUCAUUCAGUCGACACUUAUCUUGAUAUCAUGUCAAACGACCGUUCAACUGAUCCUAUCUCUGUCCCUCCGCCAUCUGCGCACCGACGCCGAGCAUCCCUGGCAUCAGGCCUUUCCUUCACGGAUUAUUUAUCUAGGUCUGGUGGCCAGGGAGCUUCGACGGGUGCGCCGUCAGGGUCCAUGGCCAGUUCGGUAGGCAAUGCGCCAUCGAAUCAGGGUCGACGCCUGUCAAUCACCACCUUGGGACUGGCUGGAUCACCCAAUCAAAUAUCUCCAUGGGGAAACAAGAGCAUGCGACAUGGCAGCAUUUCCAGCUCGGUGGGAUCCGGUUCGGCCAAUUCAGAAGACGCUGUUGCGGAAGACAGUGAAAACGGACCCUCUAGCGCUACCCCACAAUCCCCAUUCGCACGACGUCUCUCUUUUGGUGCACAAGCGCUACGAGAUGCUCGUGUGGGUAGUGUCAGCAACGGUAGAUAUCCCUCCCUCAUGAUUGUGUCUGACAGUCAACUUUUGCCGCCCACAUGUAGCGCAGGCUCUGUCCAUAGCCCCCCAGGGUCAAAUGCUGCAAGUACAAACAAUAUUUCUCCCGAGAUCGAGAUAUCUAACAUGUCUUGGCGACAAAUAGGCGAAGGCUUUAAUUGGUCUGAAGCCCUGCGGACUCGGGCUGAGCGUGCCCCAUCCUUUGGAGUAGCCUCACCCAACACAUCUCAAACCCAACUCACAGGUGGUUCGAUCCAGCAAGGUCAACACCAACGAGCUACGUCGAUCGCCUCGAUUGAGCAACCAGCUCGAGAAAUGCCCAAACAACCCAAACAAAAUAAGCCUGACUUUUUCCAGGAGAAAAUUCUUCGUGGUGACUUCAUGGAUUAGUGGUAUCAGCCUACUCCUGAACCCACGACUGCUUCUCACUGCAGCUGAUAUCUGGUAUCCACCGAGGUGAUUAUUCUUGGAGAGCAUUCAUCUACGUUGCACCCUACCAUUAGCUCUUGUCAAAUGAAUAAAAUGUUACUUUGACCAAAAAAGAGGAGGUCGUAGUACAGGGCAUCAGUGCAGCAAAUUAGGUGGCGUACACAAUCGGGGCAUAUCUUGAAGCUACGUGUUUUGAAGACAAGGAACAACCUCGGUCCGCGCUUCGUUUUUAUCCUUAUAUUCGUCGAUUUUGUGAUUAAUCUGGCUUCGCUGACUUCAACCAACUCUUGAUUCCUUUGCUCGUUAAAUUCUUUUCACUGUUUUACUUCUAGGUUCAGAAAAAGUGCUAAGUGCCAACAUUUUUCGGGCUACAGAGCUCAUUCUUUAAAGCCGCCUGUCUGAAAUACUACAGCUCGGAAGCUCUAUAAACUUUUA